UCAUGACAAUUUCAUGAGGUCGAAAAUGAUUAUUCUAUCGGUGGGGUUGAUAGAAUAGAAAAUGACCAUGGAAAAGAAUUUGAAUAAAUUCGUCAUCUUGAAGAGAGAAAAUGAAACGAAAAGAAAAGUAACAAUUUCUAUUCUUUGAAACCAUUGGAUUUCCAUCGUUGGAUUGGAGUGUUGGAUGAAGAUCGAAGGUUAAUCGAGUUUUGACAAUUUAAUUCUUAUCCAAGUUUGAUUGUUUUUGGUUUAUCUUCACCGAUGAAUGCUAAUGUUGAUGGGAUGAAUAAGCCCUCGCCAACAUCGGGGAGUAACACUCCAUCAGCCAAUGACAGUGAUCAAGAUUUUGAUCCUUCAGCUGAGAUGUUGAUUAACGAUUUUGACGACGAACAUACGCUCGAAGAAGAGGAGGCAAAUGACGAUUGUAGUAAUAUAACAAACGAGAUUAGUGAUCUGAAAAAGGAAGGUGAGAUGCCAAUCGAAGAGCUUCUUGCACUUUAUGGUUAUCAACAAUCUAAUAACAAGGCGGAUAAAUCUUCUCAAGAAUCAACUCAACGAGCAUCUACUAAUCAUGGUGAUAAUGAUAAUGGUAAAGAAAGUAAUUGUAGCUACGCUGAGGAUGCCACAGCAAAUGCUAGUCACGACUCACAAGUCAAUCAAUCCUCUACCGAUCAGGUCGGAACAACAACAACAACUACUACUACUACCACAACUACGACUACAACAACUCGUUCAUCAAAACAAUUGGAAGAAUUGUCUUCUCAGUGGUCACUUCCUUCAACCGCUGUUGGUUUGACUAACACUAAUUUAUUAAUUGAUCAAGAAUGUUCAGAUAUGGAAGAUGAUGAAGAGGAUGAUGAUGACGACGAUGAAGAAGAAGAUGGAGACGAUGAAGAAGGUGAAGGUGAUUGGAGGAGGACCAUUCAAGUUGGUUCAGAUUAUCAAGCUGUGAUUCCUGAAGGAUUGAAUGGUUAUGGAAAUGUUCCACCUUAUGAGAAUGAGGAUAAACUUCUUUGGGAUGCAUACGUUUUAACCGAAGAUAUCGUGGUAAAUUUUCUGAGACAAAUUUCUUCCUUCGAUACUGCGGAAAAUUUAGAAACAUUGAGUUCAUCCAGUGGAAAUAAUAAAAGUUGUGAUCCAGCAAGUGCUCCUUUAUCAACAUCCUCAUUAAAUCAACCAACUCCUUUAAGGGAAACUACAAAUUUACCCAUGACCAAUAGUAUAAGAGAUGAUGAAGUAGCUCUCUAUUUACUCCAUCAGUGUGGUCACAAUGUUGAUGAAGCUUUGAGGAGGAAAAAAAUGCAACAAAAUAAUCCAUUUGAGACUAUGAGUCCAUGGUCAGAAGAAGAGUGUAUCAAUUUUGAAGAUGGAAUAAGAGUUUAUGGUAAAGAUUUUCAUCAAAUUCAGAAAAAUAAGGUAUCAACGAGAUCGGUUGGAGAGUUAGUACAGUUUUAUUAUCUAUGGAAAAAAACGGAAAGACAUGAUAUGUAUGCCAGUAAAUGGCGAGUCGAAAAGAAAAAGUAUUCUCUGCAUCCAGGAACAACUGAUUAUAUGGAUAGGUUCAUUGACGAACAAGAAAAUUUAGCUCUCCAGGCUCAUUCCAUGAACAUGUCCACAUCAAAUUACACUCGAAAUCAAUCCCAUGGAUCAUAUUCCAUUAUUCAUUAUAAUCAUAAUUCAUCCGGUGGAAACGUUAGUGGAGGUCAACAGUCUUCUAAUGCGACAAUUGCAACAUCAACUAAAGAAACUGUCUCUUCUGACGUUUUAACCGAUUCUUCUGGACUUCAUCAAACAAAUGGAAGUCCUAUUGGAAGUAGUAACGCGGGAAAAUCCAGCAAUUGUAGUACUUCAACUACUAAUACAACAGCACCAACAUCAACAACAACAUCAUCAUCAACUUUAUCAUCUACAUCUUCAUCAGCAUCAACCACUACCACUACCACCUCCACCGCCACUAAUAAUUUAACUUCAUUAUCGUCACCAAAUAAUGGACCUGAAACUUUAAAUAGUAAUGUUGCAGUUUCUGGUACAAUCAACGAAUCUUUAAAUAGCGGCUUGUCCCGUGAAAAUGUACAAAAUAAUUCUAGCAAUAGUAAUCCAUCCAAGACGACAUCCGCUUCCGAUUUAUUCUCUCCACUUACAAAAAUGAGAAUGAAUAUUGUGGAUGGAUAAGUAUAUUUGGUAAAUCAAACAGAAUCACUUUUCCAAAAAAAAAUAAUACUGUUAUAUAUAAAUUAUGAUCAUUGAUACAAUAUCAAUUGUCCAAUUUUCAUCAUCUCAUCAUCUCUUUUUUUUUGGUUAAAAGAAACAAGUGUGAGCUUUUUUUGCUUUUGCUUGAGAAAAUUUUUGUUUUUACGAUUAAUUUGUGGUGUAUUGUGUGUACAAUUACCCAAACAUUCAAAUUAAAUCUUAAUAAUUUUCUGAAGAUGCAUUGAUUGUAUUUUCAUCACCAAUACCUAACUCAGUAAGUAAAGGUAUUAUCUCGUUUCCAGUGUCAUGAUGUUGGAUUGAAACGUCUUCUUGAGCCAAAUCUGAAACAAUCAAAUUGGAAACACUUUAAGUUAAUCAUCUUUUUAAACUUCACAUUGAUUGUUGAUUAAAUCGAUUAUUUAAAACAAAA